AUGAUGCAGACUAUCCGCCCUCACGCCGCCAGAGGCACUCAGACGACGGCGAGGUCGCUGUUGACAUCCACCACCCCGAGCCCUGCUUCUAGCAUUGUCAACUCUAGCAGGCAACUUCAGCUUUCUCCGCAUCGGGCUCAGCAGACAGCUGCAUACACAACCAAGGCCUCCGUUAACAACAGCUCUUUGAUCACCACUACGCCCCGCGACGCCCUCUCGAGGAGAGCGCCAGUCGGCGGACAGUACAGCCCUCGAACUGCCAGACCAACUUCGUGGGCACCCAAAGGUCGAUCUUCCUACAGCACCGGAGCCGUUGAAGUCCAGCAACCUAUCGUUCACGAUGUAUUUGAGACCAAGACAGGCACAUGGCAGUACGUGGUUGCAGAUCCAGCCACGAUGACGGCCGCCAUUAUUGACCCGGUCCUGGAUUACGACCCAGCUACCCAGGCUGUCACUACCCAGAGUGCCGAUGCUCUGCUUGCGUUGGUCAAGGAUAAGGGCUACACCAUCGACAUGAUUCUCGAAACACACGCACAUGCCGACCAUCUGACCGCAUCGUCGUAUCUCCAGAAGCGCCUAGCCCAGGAGCAAGAUCGGGCUCCCAUCAUCGGCAUUGGGAAGCGCAUCGGUCGUGUGCAGAAACUAUUUGGGAACAGAUACGGAGUCGCCCCUGAUGAAUACGAGGGCGUCUUCGACAAGUUAUUUGAGGAUGACGAGAAAUUCAACAUUGGGGAGCUGGAAGCUACGGCCCUGCAUCUUCCUGGUCAUACUCCGGACCACCUUGGCUACAAGAUCGGAGACAACGUAUUCUGCGGCGACUCCAUUUUCCACGCCGAUAUCGGCACUGCACGCUGCGACUUUCCCGGCGGCAGCGCCAGCGACCUUUUCAAGUCCGGACGGAGGCUGCUUUCUUUGCCGGACCACGUCAAGAUCUGGACGGGCCAUGACUAUCCCCCAGCGGGGCGCGACGCUCCCGUGCCCUGGAUGACCGUCGAGCAGCACCGGCAACGCAACAAGCACUUGAAGGACGGCACCACCGAGGAGGACUUUGUGGCCAUGCGCAACCAACGGGACGCUGGGCUCGCAGCACCCAGGCUGAUACACCAGUCCUUGCAGGUGAAUAUCCGGGCUGGCAGGCUUCCCAAGGCGACGGAUGCAGGGUUGCGAUUGCUUCAUCUUCCGCUGAAACCGAAGCCUUUGGAGUGGUGA